AUGAAAAACGUGGAAAAGAAAGUCACGGAGACAAAGCCAACAGCAAAAUCGCUAUCUACAGAGAAGGUUGAAACGGUCUCGACUGAUGCAAAAAAAGUCGAACUUGAAUUGUCACAAAUGUUGGGCAUUGGAUUCACUAAAACCAAAUCAGGUUCACCAACAUUACAUGAGCAUGACGAAAGUGGCAGCGGUUCUGUAAUUUCAUUCCUCCAAAAAGGCGCAUGGUCAACGUCGAAUAAAACAUCAGUGAAUGCAACUGAAGUCGAACCAAGUAGUAGUGCUGAAAAAAGUAAGACGAAGGAAAAUGAUGAAAACCAGGAAAAGGAUGAAACAGGUGACUGGGAGGAAGUUGGAGAACCUGUAAGUGUCGAACAAAAGAUUGUGUUUAAUUCAAGCCAGCGGGGAAGUUUGAAUUCGCAACCACCUAGAGACUUCAGGCAGGUCAACUAUGGAAGAGGAGACAAUUUCAACAAUUACAGUGGAAGAUCUCCCCGAGGUUUCAUGCAAAAUUCAACGUUCCGGCAACCACAAAUUUUUGUUAACCGUGGGCCUAGCUAUUUCUUUGGAAACAGCUCAACGAAUCCAAGAGGAAUGCAGAGAGGAAGAGUCGGGAAUGGUUAUCGUAAUCAGAAUCACGAGCAAUUGUUGAACAAUUCAGAUCUUGCACCCAGUGCGGUUUCUCGGCCUCGUUUUAGUCGUGGGCGAGGUGGUUUUAACUCCAAAAGU